AAGUACGUCGUCACACUGGCGAACGGGACGGCUAACGGAAGUAGUGGAGGCGCUCAGUCCGAUGCCGCUUGCGCUAAUCCUCGGGGUCAGCAAGGUCAAGGUGGGGCUGGGGGAGCGAUAGGGGGUGGCGCGGCGGGCGAAGGUGGCCUAAGGAAUCGCGAUCCCGAUGCGGAUGGCGCAGCGGCGGCAGCUGCCAGCCCCCCGGAUUGGAAUCCGGAGGAGUGCGAUCGGUUCAGUUUUGACGAUUCCGAUCGCUUCGAGGAGGACUCGCUUUGCAGCUGGAGCUCGGAACCCGAGAGUGUGUGCAACAAUUGGCGCGGCUGGAAGCGUCCUGUGACCAGUUCAUUUGUCAACACUUUGAGUCGCAAGCAAAGUGAGAGUGAAUCUGUUGCCACAUUAACCGAGUUAGCAGCGAAAUGUGUAGCGUCGUAUAUUCCUUUCGAAUUAGUUGAACACGUUUUCCCACCCGUUCCUGAACAACUUCAACUUCGAAUAGCAUUCUGGAGUUUCCCAGACAACGAGGAAGAUAUCCGUUUGUACUCAUGUCUAGCAAAUAGCUCUUCCGAUGAAUUCCAUCGCGGAGAUCAGUUAUUCAAAAAUCGGGCAGUUAAAGAUCCACUUCAAAUAGGUUUUCAUCUAUCUGCAACGAUUAUAAGUUUACAACCUCGGGCACAGUAUAAUGUUGCUGUUACCUUCGACCGCAGGAGGAUAUCCUCGUGUAAUUGCACUUGUGCAUCAUCUGCAUAUUGGUGUUCUCAUGUGGUUGCAGUGUGUCUACAUCGAAUCCAUUGCCCCAAUGAAGUAUGCUUGCGAGCUCCUGUUUCCGAAUCGCUCACACGAUUGCAGCGGGAUCAAUUGCAGAAAUUCGCUCAGUAUUUAAUAAGUGAAUUGCCGCAGCAAAUACUACCAACAGCGCAGCGGCUCUUAGAUGAAUUGUUAAGCUCGCAGCCCACUGCUAUCAACACGGUGUGUGGUGCCCCGGAUCCCACUGCUGGAGCUUCGGCGAAUGAUCAGACUAAUUGGUAUUUGGACGAGAAAACCUUGCAUGAUAAUAUCAAGCGAAUAUUGAUAAAAUUUUGCUUACCGGCACCGAUAGUUUUCAGUGAUGUUAACUACUUAACAAAUUCCGCACCUCCGGCAGCUGCAGAAUGGAGCUCUUUACUGAGACCCCUUCGCGGGCGAGAGCCAGAAGGGAUGUGGAAUUUACUGUCAAUAGUUCGGGAAAUGUAUCGUCGUUGCGAUCGCAAUGCAAUACGUUUACUUGAGAUUAUUACUGAAGAAUGCAUGGCUUGCGAUCAAAUAUUAAUUUGGUGGUUUUACACGAAGCUGUCACUGUUAGUGGGAAGUGGAGGCCACAGCGGGGGAAAACACAGUAAUACUCACAGCAAUUCGAACGCAUCGCAGCAUGCAUGCAGUUCACUGUGCGAUGAAAUUGUUGUUCUAUGGCGAUUGGCAGCUUUGAAUCCUGGUCUGGCACCGGACGAACGAGAUAUGUUGCAUGCACAGUUCACAGCAUGGCAUCUGAAAAUACUGGACAAAGUAGCGAAAUCGAGAAUGCUAAAUUCUGUAUCGUACAAUAGCAAAUAUAAUAAUAAUUUGAGGUCAGAUGCAGAGUUGUUUGUAGGAUUUAAGCCAGCCAUCGAAGCAUGCUAUUUGGACUGGGAAGAUUACCCAAUUCCCGGGGUAACACACACGCAGGAUACAAAUCCCAUGUAUCAUUGCCCGUUCACAUGUUUUAAGCACACGGAUUCCUCUAAAUCUGAGGGAAAUAGUGGUCAGCUAAAUGCGACUCAAGCUGUUAUGGCGAAUAACAAACAUUAUAACUACAUAAGCACCGACCACCAUCACCAAUUGAAACGCUACGACCGUCCUUUUAGAGAUCGGUGCUAUGUUUCUAGUAGUCACAAUAGCAGCAACAGUAGUAGCGACAGUGUCAAUGUCAGGCUGCAAUCACAUUCCCUGGCAGCCGUGAUUAAUCGUGCCGCCGAUAAUCACGACGACGGUAAUCGAUCAAGUGCUAGCAGCGAAGGAUUUUGUGAGAACGAUGAUUUUGGCGGCGAUAGUAGUGGAAAUAAUAUUGGCGCUGAAGGAGGCCGCUCAAUACCACCGCAACUGCCUUCGCAGCACCAACUCAAACAUCAACACCAUCAAACUCACGUUGGUAUUACCUUAAAGUCACCUUCGAGUGAAUCCUCUGAUUCACAGAGUAGCGGUGGCGGUGAACAACUGACGAGUGCAAGCGCAGAUGUUGACGCUUGCAUUGAGAGCUUCUCGAACAGCAGCGGCAGCGAAAGUAUAAGCGACUCGAAUGGAAGCUGCAAUUGUAAAUUAAACGACGAAGAAAAUGUAUCGAAUAAUAGUACUAGCGUAAUAGGAACAACUAGGUGUAAUAACUGUAAUUCGUUAGCAAAUAACAAGCAAUCGGUGGGAAUACAGAGUUUUUCAAUGCGAUCGACACAAGCCAAUCAAGAGGUACAUAAUUUGCUCGAAAAUGCUGGAGUACGUGGUGUAUCCUCCCAUGAUGAUAGUGCAUUGUUGUUGUCAAGUAAUAGCAUAGGCCAAAUGGAAGGUCAAAAAAGUGCCAAGGAAUCAGAUCGUACGAUUUUCACAAAUUUCUCAUCGACAUCAUCGUCUUGUGUAGUCUCGGCUGGUAAUAGUAAAAUAAAUUAUAAUGUAAUAGAUCAUCAAAGCUCUGUAAGUUCAGGAGCGCCACCAACUUUUUCUACUUCACCUUCGUCAUCAUCGUCGUCUACUCAGGACCGCGACCAGUCCGGGUUACCGGGAUCAACGCUGACGAUACCGGAAUCCAGAUUGAAGUCAUCUUUUGUUGCAAGUGAUACGAAAAAUGCUUUAGUUGAAGAAUGUGUUGCAACGAGAAAUGUACAAAGCAAUUCCUCCACAACUGAAAAUGUCAAACGCAGAUCAUCGAAAGACGAAUCGUUCUCGAGUUCCGGUGAUGAGUACAAUGUAUAUAAUAUCAAUGCGAAACCCAUUCAGCCGGCAGAAGCUAUUGCGGGUUGCUCUAGUUCCAAUCUAUCGCCAUUGUUCUCUACAACCAAUAACAAUUUAAAUAUACAGAAUAACAGUACCAAUAACACUGCCAGCAACAUCGUAGAUGUUUUCAAAAAUCCGGCAGUCGCUUCAUCAGCGGCCAUCGCUGGUCACAGUGACACAAUAGCAACUAAAUCUCAGGUUAAUAAUAAACAAAUCUUCUCGAAUAUCCGGCCAACGGAAGAUGUUUGGGACAUUCUCUUAGCUCGAGCAGAGGGGCUGCAUGCUCAUGGACAUGGACGAGAGGCCUGCAUUUUGGCAGUUCGUUUGGCUGAGGAGAUGCUAGCAAAUCCACCUAAUCUAAUGAUUGAGUUACCUCCGCCGCCCAAACAAAAAGGCAAGAAAAAGAACAUAAACUCGAUCUCGCAUCAAUUAAGUGUUCUGGCCUCGGCCACAUUAGCGAAAUGUGCUUUUCUAUGUACAGUCCUUGCGGAGAAUUCGGAGCAUUACCAUUUAGGGUUUAGAAUUUGUUUGUUUGCUUUAGAGAUGCCCCGGCCACCGGCAAGUACGAAACCAUUGGAAGUUAAACUAGCGAACCAAGAAGCCGAUUUAUUGGCUUUGUUGAAAAGGAUACCCUUGAACCAACCAGAAUUGAAAGUUAUCAGGGAGAAAGCCGAACUUUUAAGAGAUGGUCUUCUGAAGUCCAGGGGCGACGCAUUGCUUCCUAUAAUGCUCGCCAGUUUUAUUUUUGAUGCUCUUGUAAUGCCCUCUGUGUCGGGUAAGGAAACCAGAAACAAAGUUUUGAGUACGUGCUACCGCAUUCCGACUGAUGAAAAUCUUGGUUUUGAGGCUGCUGUGGCUGCUUUAGGACUCAAAGCCAACGUAUCGGAAGCUGAACAUCCGCUACUAUGUGAAGGAACUCGUCGACAACGUGGCGAUUUGGCCUUAACUCUGCUGUAUUACUACAAAGACGAGCCUAGAAAGAUCGCAAAGAUAAUGGAGAAGCUUUUAGACCGAGAUAUACAUGUCUUGUUGAAAAGUCCUUUGUUGCCUGCAUAUUAUUCGAACAGUCCACCAGUGAGAACAGCGGGUUCGCAAGCCAGACACGAAGAAAAAGAGCAGCUCAUACACGUCCAUCAUCAUCACCACCAUUCGAACGUUGACAUCUAUCAACCCGAUUUCGGUGCGAAUAGCAGACCGCACAGUAGUACAAGUGCUGAACUCGAAGUUGGAAUGGGAAAUCUCAAUAUGUCGGCACAAAACAAUUUACCAGGCUCGUCAAAUCAGUCGAUGGGAACCUCGUCGACCAUGACCGGUACCACGACAAGAUCCAAAGACACUCGUUAUAAGGGAAAAAGAGCGUACCCCAUUAUCCCUAAUCAACCCUCAGAAGCAAGUGCUCACUUCAUGUUCGAACUGGCGAAAAAUCUAUUAACAAAAGCCGGUGGAACCAGUUCAACAUCGCUUUUCACUCAGGCAACUACCAAUCAAAACCACCAUGGUCCACAUCGAGGGCUUCAUAUGUGCGCGUUUCAACUUGGCCUAUAUGCUCUUGGUUUACACAAUUGCGUUAGCCCAAAUUGGUUGUCGCGAACGUAUUCCUCUCAUGUGUCGUGGAUUAUAGGACAAGCAAUGGAAAUUGGUGCACCUGCCAUAUCAUUUUUGAUUGAUACAUGGGAAGGACAUCUUACGCCACCAGAGGCAGCGGGCAUGGCAGAUCGCGCAUCACGAGGAUGGGAUAAUAACAUGGUGUACCCAGCAGCAGAACUGGCCCUUUCUGUUCUGCCGCACGCAGCUGCGUUGAAUCCAAACGAAAUUCAAAGAGCGAUUCUACAAUGUAAAGAGCAAAGCGAUCAAAUGCUGGAACGGGCUUGCAUAACUGUAGAGAAUGCUGCGAAAGGUGGCGGGGUGUACCCGGAAGUUCUGUUCCAGGUCGCUAAGUAUUGGUAUGAAUUAUACAUGCGAAAUACGCCGAACAGCGAGCAUGAACAUGAUGUAAAUGACAUGCAUAUGGAUCACAGCGUAAGUUUAAACGCUUUGAUUGAACCACAAGAUCAAGCGGGCGUUCAACCACCACAGGCGAGUCAACAAGUUGUGGUUACGGCAGCACCCCAGUAUCAACCAGGCGUCGCAACUAUCGCCCCAAUUGGACUAGCUCCCUACCCACCUUAUAGCUUUUGCCAGGGAGUUUAUCACCAUCACAAUUUAUCUUAUCCGCCCAAUCAAAUGCAAAUGUAUAUUUCGACGCCACAGCCGUAUCAAUAUCCACCUCCACAAGCUCAACCACCACCGACAGCUGCUCCUCCUCCUUAUGUGCAGCCUGGGUCGUUUCAGUCGAUGCCACAUCCACAAGUUCCGCCACAAGCAUAUCAACCUUUACCGUGUGCAUCGAAUGCUCCACCGCCACAACAGUAUGCCGGUGUUCAAAUGCCUGUACAAGUGAAUGCGCCACCACCGCAGUCGAAUAUGCCGUAUUAUCCGCAACCGAUGUCAAUGCAGCAACCCCCGCCAACGUCACAGCAGCAACAGCCUACUGCGCCGAAUAUGCGAAGUCAGCCAAGUCAUCAUGCGGUUAUUUAUCCGUUUGUGCAACAACAAACAGUUCGACAGAGGCAUCCACAUCAAUACAGCUCCAUACAGUUACGUUAUUUGCUUGCUGCAUAUAACGUGGGCAUGCUCGCUAUGGAAACAUUGGCACGCCGGGUGCAUGAUGACCGGCCGCAAGCCAAGUAUGCUCGAAAUCCACCCUACGGUGAGGAUGUUAAAUGGCUUCUACGAAUAUCCAAAAAACUCGGGACACAGUAUUUACAUCAAUUUUGUGUAUGUGCUGUCAACUCCAUCGUGAGCCCGUUUGUUUUGCAUGAUGUAGCAAUUGAGUCGGCACAUUAUUUAGGUCGGAGCAAUCCACAACUUGUUAUGCAGCACCUCCGGUCGGCAUUGGCGCCACUUGUUCAGAAAUGCCAACAAAUGUACAUUCAAUGCAUCCAUCAGAAAUUAUAUCAUUUGACGCAGUCAGACUAUGAGGAAUUUGCAAGUAUAAUUUUGGCGGCUCGAGCUGCAUUCCAGAUAACACCAGAAGGGAAUGCGCAGUUUAAAGAUUGGAUUCAAUCGAUUAAAAGAUCAAAAUCAUGCAAAAAAGAUCUUUGGGCUCAAAUAAAUGCCGCCCUGCAAAACAAUUCUAAAUGACAACGACUUGAUUCGGUCAAUUCCGAAACAAAUACAGCAGCACUCAAUCCUUCGUUACAAGCAAAUAAUCAAUCA